AUGUCGGAACCGAGGUCCAAUAUUGGCAUUUGGGGCUGGGGAUCUUCAGAUCGAGAAAGGUUCAAGGCGAAGAACAAGGCUCUGGAGAAGAAAUUCAUGGAACUUGGUGAUCGCAAAUGGCUCUACGCACAUACCUACUACACCGAAGAACAGUUCUGGGAAUUGUACGUUCGGCCAUGGUAUGAGAGACUCAGAAAACGGUAUUUUGCCACGACUUUGCCAGCCGUCUACGAUAAAGUGAAAAAGAGUGGCCUCGAUGCGGAUGGAAAGGACAGUCAGGGUUGGGAAUUCGGGAGGUUAUUGAAUAAGUGGCCAACCAGUGGAAUCUACGGAAUGAUACUAGCAUUUCACUCGGGAGAUAUCAAUCACCAUCGUCGAGCGAGAUGGAGCGCCCAUGAUCUAAGACACCUGCUUCUUCGUAACAGCGAUGCCAUUCAUAAACACACCCUUAUCAAUUGGGCUGCCAAAAUGCUUCCCGACUCCGAUGCUGACAUGCAUAUCAACCUCUUGGCAGACGGCAACGUGCAUGAAGAUGACGUUUGA